AGCAUGAACACAUGUGGAAGCUUGAAUCACUUCCUGUAGCGCUGCAGCUCAGGGCGUCGAUGUUUCCUGCACCUUCGGGUCACCAUCGACACUGAAGGCUUACCGUGUUCAACAUCCGCUCGGGUUUGCAUUUCCAGCACUCACUCUCACACCGCAGCACACGCUUCAAAAUAGAAAAAAAAAAAGUCACCUCAACCCGGUCGUAUGGAGGGGCCCCAUAAAGAAGAAGUGGUGGCCGAGUGGUUUACGCUCAGCCGGAGUGAGUAAAACGGCAUCUGCCCGCUUGUUUAAACUCACCGAAGAGACAGAAUCAAAUUGGUUGAGUUACUUUGCUUUGGCGGAGUCACGGGAAGUUAAACAAGGGACGCAGUAUGCGCCGAUUGAACAGACCUCAGUCUGCACAGUGAUGGAAAAAAAAAAAAAAAAAAGAGGGAGGGAGGGAGGGGAGGAAAAGACUUGAUCACAUGGCCACAAAGUCAUUCUGAAAGUAUGCUGGCGGGGUAUCGCCCGCAGAAAUAUAGGCACCGCUUCACAGUGCGACGCCCGAGUCCAUGCAGCCAGCAUCACUCUGUGAGCUCAGAGUCAAUCAGCAGCGUCGGGCUGCCGGAUACAAAACACAAGACGAGUGGGUGACGGAAGCAGAAAAUGUCUGAUCACAGCGAGGAACCGGUCUCCACAGCGAGGACCACCACGCCUCCAUUUUCCAACAGCUCAGUCUCGACGAACCUCACUUCAGAAGUGACCUCCAUCUUCAACGAAAUCCAAGCCAAUAACAUCACCUCCAGGGCAAACUACGUCUACAGUUUCUUAGCGGGGCUGGGCUUCGUCGCGGGCUGCUUCCUGCUCUACAGCUUCAUCCAGACCUACAGGGCCCAGAGGCGGCUGGCUUGGCUCGACCGCCUCCUCUGGGCCUUCUGCGUCCUCCAGCUGCUGCUUCUGCUCCUCUCUCUGCACGCGGUGGCCUACAGACCGGAUUACCUGCGCACCACCGCUCUGGGCUGCGCUGCGCUCUCCUUCGCCGUCAACACGACCUCCAUGUGCAGCCUGUCCGUCUUGGUGCUCAUGGCUUACGUGCUGACCUUGGAUCCGCCCUCCCACCACCUGCUGAGGAAGCCUCGGGUCUGCGCGGCUCUGGUGGUCCUGACCUCGGUCCUGACCUCUCUACUGCUGGCCGGGCUGCGCGGCCCCCGAGGCGAUCUGCAGGAAGAGCGCCGGUGUUUCAUGGACGCGGGCGAGGGCGAGGGCGGGGAGCCCUACGCGGCCGCCUGGCUGUGCCUGGCCUUCGUGAUCCCCUUCGGCUGCCUAGCGGGUCUCCUGGUGGGCGGCUGCGUCCGGCAGUGGAAGACCAAAGGACGCUUCCUCUCCGGCUCCGAGGAGGGUCCCGUGUUCCUGACGGUCGCCCUGGUCGUGUUUUUCUGCCAGCUCUUCUACGGCGUGGCGCUGGCGAGAGGAGCGCGACUACAGCGGCCGGCGCGGCCGACGGAACGGGCGUUCCUCAGCGUGGCCGAGCUGGUGCUGUUCUCGGGGAGCGGCGCCAGCCUGCUGCUGGUGCUGCUGGUGAACCGGCCGCGCCGGGAGGGUCUCCGGGGGGCCUUCAGGCAGCUGAGGGACUGCUGCAGAGGGCCGGGGCGCACGCAACCGCACAGAAACAUCAUCGCGCCGCACAUCGAGAUCUCAGACACGCUGCAGGACAUCGAGGCGUAGAGGAUGAAGACUCUGUCAGCAGAGCACAACCCCUCCGCUGCAUCCCAAUGAAGACGUAAGCAUCCUUUGAAUGAGUGUUUGCUUAAAUGUUUUUAAACGCAUGCAUUUGCUUUUAGUGCCAGUCAGCAAAUAUGUUUAAAUAGGAUUUUUUUUGUCAAAAAAAUAAAUGAAUGUUAUGCAUUUUGAACAAUUUGUAGUCACUGUUGCAAUAAACUAUAAUUUGAGAAUAUUAAACAAGGACUUGCUGUUGGUA